GGCCACAUAGGAGGUUUUAGCAUCGGGACGCUGGCCCUCACAGAGAUGCUGCCAGUUACUUACUUGCAGGACCGUUUUUUGAGGCGUGGCCUUGGUUUGUUACACAUGGGAAUGUUUUUGUCUUCCUCAUUGUUCUUGUUCUUAAUUUGUUUGGAGAUGUUUGUGCCCAGCUCAGUGACCAGACCCAGGAGGUGGCGCUGCCCAUCACCCCGGGACUCCAGCGUUUGGUGAAUGAAUUCUGUCUGAUUGGGGCUGACAGUGUAUUUUCGCUCUCCUGUGGCCCGGCUGCAGUGGGGCUUAAGUGCUGGCUUGGGUCUAGUCUGUGUUAUAGCACGGUCCGCGCCAUACCAUGAUGGUCUGACAACUUUAUUCCACAGGUAACCACUGACCUGCUUUCUGUCAGUACAGACCUGUGACAAAACAGACUUGAGAAAGACCAUGGCUAAAUAUGAAAGCUUGGGAUCUGCUACAAUGGCAUCUGAUGACUUUGAUAUAGUGAUUGAGGCCAUGCUGGAGGCUCCCUAUAAAAAAGAGGAGGAUGGGCAGCAAAGGAAAGAGGCUAAAAAGGACAGUCCCAGCAACACGACCAACAGCACCAGCAGCGUUGACACCAGUGGCUGUGGUACUGGUGGGAGCAAUGUCACUGAUGGGACCGGCGCCACCAGUGGAAACGGCACGAGUGGGGAGGCAAGCACGAAGAAGAGUCGGAGCCAUAGUAAAAGCAGGGAGAGAAAACGCAGUCGUAGUCGAGACCGGGAUCGUCACAGGCAGAAAAAUAGUCGGAGCCGAAGUCGAGAUCGGCAGCGUCGCCACCGCAGCCGUAGCUGGGAUCGUCGACAUAGUAAUGAGUCACGAAGUCGAGACUGGCGUCGUGAGGAUCUUGUACACUACAGGAGUCCACCGCUUGCCACUGGGCAUAGGUAUGGACACAGUAAGAGUCCUCAUUUCAGAGAGAAGAGCCCAGUCAGGGAGCCCGUUGACAACCUGAGUCCGGAGGAGCGGGACGCCCGCACAGUGUUCUGCAUGCAGUUGGCUGCCCGCAUUCGGCCUCGAGACCUGGAGGACUUUUUCUCUGCUGUAGGCAAGGUCCGAGACGUCCGUAUCAUCUCAGACCGGAACUCACGUCGGUCUAAAGGCAUUGCCUAUGUAGAAUUCUGUGAGAUCCAGUCUGUGCCGCUGGCCAUUGGGCUGACUGGGCAGCGGCUGCUAGGAGUGCCAAUCAUUGUACAGGCCUCACAGGCUGAGAAAAACCGCCUGGCAGCCAUGGCCAAUAACCUGCAGAAGGGCAGUGGUGGACCAAUGCGCCUUUAUGUGGGCUCCCUACACUUCAAUAUCACUGAGGACAUGCUCCGGGGCAUCUUUGAGCCCUUUGGCAAAAUUGAUAAUAUUCUCUUGAUGAAGGACUCAGAAACAGGCCGCUCCAAAGGUUAUGGUUUUAUUACGUUCUCUGACUCAGAGUGUGCCCGACGGGCCUUGGAACAGUUGAAUGGCUUUGAGCUUGCUGGUCGACCUAUGAGGAUUGGCCACGUGACCGAGCGACCGGAUGGUGGCACAGACAUCACUUUUCCUGAUGGAGACCAGGAGCUAGACCUGGGAUCAGCGGGUGGCCGUUUGCAGCUCGUGGCCAAAUUGGCAGAAGGCUCUGGAAUCCAGCUGCCAACCAGCACUGCUGCUGCCGCUGCUGUGGCCCAAGCUGCUGCUGCUCAAGCUGCUGCCCUGCAAUUGAAUGGAGCAGUUCCCCUGGGCGCCCUGAACCCAGCGGCUCUGACUGCUCUGAGUCCGGCCCUGAACCUCGCCUCCCAGGCAAUCGCCUCCCAGUGCUUCCAGCUUUCCAGCCUCUUUACCCCCCAAACCAUGUGAGUCACAAGGCCCAACUCGCGUCAGUGUUCAUAGUUAUUUUCUUCCUUCAGCUUCCUAUUUACGUCUCCUCCUUGCCACAGGUAAAUUAGUGGCUCGGUCCACUGCCUCCCUGUGCCUCUGGGUCUUGCCACUCCCUGCUCCACAUCUACCCUUCCACGGCCCCUUCUCUCCGUUUUGUGGACCAAGCCAUUCUGAGGGCAUGAACACUGACGGUGGGGGAACUGGGGCCCCCCUUAGACACCAAGAAGGGCUCCUACCCACAACAGCCCCAGUGGAAAUAGACUCUGCUGAUCAAAGCCGCUGGUCGAAGAGAACAGCAUCUUCACUUGCGUUGAACAUCUGUUUCUCUGUGUUCAUCAUCUCCUGGGAUGACCUUCAUUGUCCUUCCCAACCACCUGUUACUGAUUCUUCGAUUCCUACCCCUUUGGGAAGGCGAUAGGGCAUUAACUGAAGGAACUAAUUGCUCUCUUCCUGUACCUUUAUCCUGCAAUCUGUCACAGAAAUCCCCUAAAACCUCUGGUCUGGGAGGACUUUGGAGUGUGAGGGGUUGAACCUUGCUGCUACAGGGCCCUGGAAGGUAGUGUGGACGUGGGCAUUGGGAAGCCUGCCUUAGACCUCACCUUGGGGCCAGAACUGCUUCUGUGAGCUCAGGAUCUUGCUGGGAGGUGUGGGAAUAAUCUGCCAGCCAUUUUGGAUGUCUUUGGGGUAUUCAGGAGUUUAAUGAAAGGUAGGGUACCUUUCUGGUACCAUCCAGCUUUGUGUAGUUGUCUUUUCCUUUGGUCCAGGGUGGGAAUAUGGAGGGGAGACUGCUGCUCUCCACCACUUCCCUGUGCCUCUGGAGACUGGGCUCAGGCCCAGCUGUUAAAGCUACUCUUGUCCCCUUGCUGGACACAUGAGCCCUUCUCACUGGAUUUUAUACCCUGUGUCUGUGUACAUAAAUAUAUAUAUAUAUAAACUUUGUACAAAAGGUAUGUCCCACUGUUGUGGCGGCCGCUGCCCAUAUGUGUGUGGUCUCAGUCCCUUAGUGUGUCUGUCUGAUGUUAACUUCUGAGCCAACACCACGAAUGGUUCUUGGGAUAUAAAGUAUUUAU